AUGGCCGACAAGCAGCAAGCGACGACACCCGCCAAGGAGCACGUUAUCGAGGAGGACGAUGAAUUUGAGGAGUUCGAGAAUGAGGAAUGGAAGGAGGAUCAGGAAGAUGCUGACGAUGCCAAGCAGUGGGAAGACGAUUGGGAUGAUGAGGAGGUAGAUGACGAUUUUUCUAAGCAGUUGCGGGCUGAGCUUGAGAAGCAGACCACGGCGAUGCAGACGUCGUAG